AUGUUUAAAUUUUUAUUUAAACCCUCUAUUAAUAAUAGUGAAAACUUUCGUAAUUUUUCCACUUUUUUAAAAUUAUUUUCAAGUUCACAAAUUUGCGUGGAACAACUGAAAAAUGGAGUAACAGUAGCUACUGAAGAACAAUGUUCUCCUUUAACGUGCCUUUCACUCAUUAUUGAAACAGGUUCUAGAUUUGAAAAUAGCUGUAAUAAUGGUAUUUCUAACUUCAUCGAACAUAUAGCUCUGUCAAAAAAUGACGUACAGGAGUCCUGCUACAAUAACUGUAUAAAAAUUAAUGCUGUCACCACUAGAGAAUACCAAAGAUUUUCAGCCGUAUGCACGGAUAUACACGUUUCGGAAUGUGUCGAUAUCUUGACAAAAUUUGUUACUAAUCUUGAGUGGAAUGACGAUGACAUGGAAUUGCAAAAAAAUAAAAUAUAUUUAGAAGCAAUUGAUUGUGAUAAUAAUCCAAAAUCAUUAGUGUUCGAUUAUUUACAUCAAACGGCAUUCCAAGGAACGCCUUUAGGACAGAGUGUAUUGGGUCCAACCACUAACAUAGCGAAAUUUGAUAAAAGUCUCAUUUGCAAUUUCAUGAAGGAAAAUUAUCAGCCUCAUCGAAUUAUUCUCGUUUCGUCAGGCGGUGAAUCACAUUGCUCAAUUGUUGACAGAGCAAAUUCGACUUUGGGUUACAUAAUGCCUAAUGAAUACAAAACAUUCAAUGCUGGCCCUCAGCGUUACACUGGUUCAGAAGUUAUUUACCGUGACGAUUCGAUGCCUUUCGCUCAUGUAGCUUUAGCUGUUGAAGUCCCGGGUUAUAAUAGUCCAGAAUAUUUACCACUUUAUGUAGCAAGCUGUCUGACAGGGUCGUGGGAUAGAACACAAGGUGGGACAAAUAGACAUGGCUCUCCCCUAGCACGCGCUGCGUCAACUUCAAAACUGUGCGAGUAUUUUAAGUCAUUUUACAUACCUUAUCGAGAUGUAGGAUUGUGGGGAGUUUAUUUUAUUGGCAAUGCAAAAUAUUUAGAUGAGAUGGUAUCGAAUAUACAAGAUCAGUGGAUGCAUAUGUGUAUUACAACACAAUAUACAGAUAUCGAAAAAGCAGUAAAUAUAGUUAAAGUAAAAUUAGCUAAGCGAGUUGAUGGCGUUAUAAAUUCUUGCUAUAACAUAGGCUUACAAGUGUUGUAUACAUCAGAACGAAAAUCGUUAUCGGAUCCUUAUAAUGAAGUAUCGAAAAUAAAGGAGGAUACUAUUAAAGAUGUUUGUUUUAAGUAUAUAUACGACAAAUGUCCAGUAGUUGCAGCAGUUGGUCCUACGGAGACAUUGCCUCAUUACAACAGGAUCAGAUCUGGUAUGUACUGGGUGAGACUUUAA